UUUUUUAAAAAAAAUAUUGCAGCACCAAUCACCAAUUAAAAAUUAAACAUGUCAUCUGAAACUGAGACUGAUAGUCUCGGAAUAGAAAGUACCAUGCAAAAUAAUGACCUAGUGGAGAUAGAUAAUGUAAAUGAACAAUCUAAAAAUGACACUAUUCUAUGUAACGAAGAGAACAAUUUUGUCCUUGAUAAUGAUAAUUUUUAUAAAGUUAAACGAAAAACGUGUAAAAUAAUAGAUGGUAGCGAUUCCGAACAUGAGCUUAAUUCCACAACGGAGAAUGGCAAAAAUAAUCAAGAAAAUCUUGAGAACAGACACAGGACAUUAGCAGCAAUCGUUGACAGUGACUCGGAGGAAGAAAUGGGUCCAGUAAUUGCUCAUAAUAAAAGCUUUUCUGAUGAUGCCCUAGAUACCAUUGAACAACCCGUGUUUAUUACCAAUGCAGAGGGAAAGUUGAUUCCAGAAAAAGUUGAUAUUAACAAAAAUAUGUCGCAGGCGAUGAGAUUGUCAGCAUUAUGUGACUCGGAUAGUUCUGAAGACGAAGCAAGUGUAGAGAAUAAAUUAGAUGAAAAUAAUUGUUUAGGAGAAACAAAUGUCAUAUCUAAGCAGUAUAAGAAGAAACAGAAACCAAAAGAAAAUGUAGCUAGAAAACCUAAAAAAAUGACUGGUAAAGAAGCUGCGCAACUUAGGAAGGAAAUUAAAUCUGAGUCUCAGAGAAUGCUUAGAGAAAAGAAAAUUUCCUUACCUUAUCACAAGCCAAAAUCUUAUACCAUAAAAGAGUUCCUUUCUAAGCGGUCCAAAUUUUCCUCUGCGGUACCAAUAAAUGUAAAAGCACCCCCUUCAGUAGCGAUCAAGAUGUCUGCAGAGCAAUUGACUCUUGUUUCAGAGAAGUUAAAAGAACGUGAAAAGGAAGUGGAACGGUUUUACAAAUCAGAAAGCGAAUCAGAGGAUGACUGUGAGCACAAAGAUUAUGUUCCUCCAUCAGAGGUUGAAUCAAGUAAUCAAGAAGAUAAUAAAGAAGUCAAUGAGGUAACAGAACACUCAGCAGCACUUCCUGUUGAAAAUAAAGAUGAAGAACCCCAGUUACAAUUAGCUGUAUCAGAAAAUACGUCAAAUGCUGUUGAAAAUGCUACAGUUGUUUCAAAUGUGUUUGAAAAUAGGGUUACUGAGGAAGGACAAAUGGAUGUAUCUGCAAAUAAUGCAAAUUUUAAAGACUGUGAUAUAUUAGACAAUAUGACAAUUGACAAUUCAAGUGAUGUGGUAGAUCAGAAUAAUACAGAUUUGACAGUCAUUGACAAUCCGAAUAAAGAAGUUUCAAUUCAUAAAGAUCUCGGGUCUGGUGAUAAGCCCGUGGAGGAUUUAGAAAUAAAUAAUGCACCGUCUGAAACGUUGAGAACAGAUGAAGGAAAAGAACAAUGUUCCAUGGACUAUGAGUUUAGUUUGGAUGGCCUAGACCAAAACUCUGAAACUAUCCAUGAAACAGAAAAUCCUGCAGAGAAGAGGAGCACAUUCGAGUAUACCGAUUUAGUUAGAGAAAUUGAAAAUUUUGGUUCUGACGAUAAUCAACUUUCUACCGCUCCUAUAGAGCAGCCUAAAAAUUUGUCAAAAUUGGAGUUAAUUAAGGAGAGCUUAGUAAAUAUUAACCCAAAGUUAACUGGUAGUCCUAAUGAUGUAAUUGACCUAGAAACCGGAGUUGCAAAGCCAAAUGAAGUAACAAAACUGAUGAAAAGAUUUGUAGAGCAUAAUUUUAAAAAAGCAGUGCCUAAAAAUAAUGUUGAGCUAAGUAUUAUCAGUUUUGAAAGUGGCGAAAUUCAUAAAGAAACCGUAGCAAUGAAGCUAGAAGAUGAGAGUGACUUAACUGCUGUAGAAGAAAAACCUGGGGCCAAACUGCAAAAGCUUCGAAUUGAACUUCAGGAUCAAAUGGCUCAGAAAAGGUCAGAAUGGUGGAAGAAGAAAACAACAGAACAGUCUAACAAUGAGAAAACAAAUACGGAUGAGGGAGAAAAUGAGGAUUGUGGACCAGAUGACGAUGAUAUCCUUGAUGAUGAGGAGGAAGAGAUGGACAUUACAGAAUCUAGUGAGGAAGAAGAAGAAGAAGUUGAAGAAAAUGAUCAUGUAGAUCGCGAGGAAAAGAAAAAGUCGAUCUUUAUUGAUGAAGAAGCAGAAGAGAGUGAUGAAGAUGGUGAGAUUAUUGAAGCAACAAGUGAGGAUGAAGUAGCUAAUCAAGCAGAUGAUGAAAAUGAGAUUGAUGAUGCUUCGGAUUGCAACGAAAAUGAGGAAGAAUCUGAAGCAAGUAAUGAAAAACGGUGUGCAAAUAAAACAUACAAAAAAAUAUUAAAGGGUUUUUCCGAAGAUUCUGAUGAAGAGGAGCUGGUGUCAAAAUCUGAAGAUUUAAAAAAAAAUGAAGGUGCAAAUAGUGUUACUACUCAGGAAGACGAUGAUAUUUUUCCGCCCCAUCAACCACAAACUAGUCAGACACCAAUCAGGCAAAUAACUCAAAAGAAGUCCGAUUUUGAAUUUUUAACUCCAUUAUCUUACAUAACAGGACUGCAGAAUUUUAAUUCUGCUUCAAAAAAUUUGAAAGAUUCCCCAGUUACAUCGGUAUUUCAAAAUAUAAAUGAACCAUCUCCUUUGAAAGAGAAAAACUGGCAGCAAAGUUUACAGAAAAAGUUGUUCAUCGAUACAGAAAUGACAGAUUCCCAGGCUGAGGGGCUCUAUUGUGAACAGUUUCCUGAAAUGCAAGAAGCUGAAGAAUCUAUUUUAACACAUAAAGAACAGCCGGUUGAUUCACGUGUUGAGGAAUUUCCAAGUACUUUAAAUGCCAAAGAGAAUGAGGAGCGCUUAGUUGAUUUAUGCAGUGGUAAAUUUCCUUCAACUGCGGAGUUAGUAGAAAACAGAUUGGGUGAUCAGACACCUUCAACUCAGGAUUUAUUAAAUAUUUGUUCUGGUGAAUUUACAGGAAUAACUCAGAACGGAUCUUCAGAAAAACAAGAUAAUGUUACUGAAACUCCUGCAGAUAUGUAUUCAUUUAACACAAAUAAAGAAGUAAAAAGUUUGGAUGAAGAUCAGGAUUUGAUAAUUUCUCAAUUAAUAGACGAAGAGGAAAUGGAAAAAUUCAAAAAGAAAUUUGAGUCACCAUUAAUCUCUAACACUCAGAGGCGAAUUGUUGAGGAAUUCGAAGAAGCACUAACUGGUGGUGGUGUGAUUGACUCGGACGAUGAUACUGACACAGUUGGAGUAAAGAAGAAAAAUAAGAAGAGAAUAAUGUUUUCAGAUGAUGAAGAUUCUGAAGAUGAGAACGAUGAAGAAGUCAUAGAUUUACAAGACGAAAUUGAUGAUGAUGAAGACAGUAAUAUAGCACCAGAUAAUGUAGCUUAUGACUCUGAAGAAAAUGAAAUAGGAGUUCUGGAUGAUGAUUACGGCACAAACAUGAAAAAAUUGAAACCUUCAGAUUUCUUUGAAAACGAGGCCGAAUUGUCAGAAUCGGAAUGGGAUAGUGCAGACGAAGAUGAAAAAGAUUUAGAUACGAUGGAGUUUGAACAAGGUGACGAUGAAAAAUUUGAUGAAAAACAAAUUAGAACUGACUUGGAAAAGAUUCACAUGCGAAGAAUGUUGGAUGAUGACACACGAGAGGUCAAAUUAUUACAAGAAAUGUUAUUGGAGGAUGGUGAAUUACAUGGUACCGGCAGAGAAAGACAGUUUAAAUGGAAGAAUAUUGAUUCCGUUAUUGAAUCGAAUGAAACAAGAAAGGAAGAGGAUGAUGUAUAUCUAGAGGAAGAAGAAAGUGAGGAACAGUGGAGGAAAAGGAGGCAUGAAAGAGAAAUGUUUCUAAAGAAGAAGCUGAUCAACUCGCAGGAUUUGGAUGACGAUAAUCUCUUAAGUGACAGCCAGUUGCUGAAAAUUGGACAGAAAGUCUUACAGAGGAGUCAGUCGAAUUCACAAAAUAGUACACCCAUUGAUAAAAACAACAUUGUAUCAGAGAGUCCCGUUUUAAAGCAGUCAUUUACUUUAUUGAGCAAAAGGGGUUCAUUUUUGAGUCGAAAUGACCAAGUGCUGCAGAGGCUAGCUGAAUAUAAUAAAGUGACAUCUGUGACUUUGGGGACAGCCACAGCAAAAAAUUCUAGGAAUUUUCUUUUUCAAACUGUCACCGUGGAAGAAACUUCAGUUGUUAGUAAAGAUAAAAAAAGAAAGGCUACAGAUGGAACACCCAGUGUGAUUAAAAAAUUGCGUUUAACUAGCAAUUUAAGUCCAGCUGUCAAGAGAAAGCCUAGUACCAAAACUAAGCUGUUCGGCAAUUGGUAGAGUAGAUUAUUUAUUUUGACUGUGUUAGUUUUAAAAAUUUUUAAUAUAGAUUGAUAUUGUUUUAGUUUAAA